UUUCUGCUCGCUCUCGCAGCCUCGCAGUCUGCCAGACUCGCACGAACACCAACAGACGCGCAGGCGGGCGGCGACAACCCUAGGCGAUCCGAUUCCGACGCGAAGCAGAGCAGGAGACCGGCGCGGCGACCGGCGGGAAGAGGCGGAGAAGCGAAGAGCGGCAGCGAAGAAGGAUGCAUCCUGCAGGGGACCGCGACGGCGCGACAUCAAUGGCCAGGACCCAGGACGCCAGGGUGGAACUGCCUGCACCAAUGGAGACACUACACAAAGAGGCGGUCAUGGAAACUGCCCCUCAUGAAGAUAAGGUUAAAGAUGGAUCAACCGAGGAAGAAUCGGAUCCAUGGAAUCCUCCCUAUCCUCCUUGUCCUCCUUGUCCUCCUGUUGCUGACCUGAAUGUCCAAGUAAGAUUUGCCAUGGAGUGGAUGGCUCAAAAACGGGCUAUACUUGCUACCUCCAGAGCAACCAAAAUAAUCACCCCAGACCGUACCCCUGAGAGGGUGAAUAUUGGCCUCUUUCAAACAAUGCCCCAUUUGAUGCCCAUCCUGGAGAAGGAUAGCCACCGGCGCUUCCUCAGCUUAUUCGAAUGCGGUGGGCAGGGCAUGGGAUGGGGCUAUGUCAUCACACCAGAGACUUUCGACAAUAUUAUCAUGCAGAAUGCUCUCCAAUGUGCCAAAGUUGCCUUGAAGGGCCGGGCACCUGAGCUCAAUGGGUACCGGGCCAAUCCCAACUACAUGACCCAAUAUGGGUAUUUCCCCCUCCACCGAGCUGCUGAAAUGUUCUCUGUCGAGAUGAUAGAGUUGCUCUUACGCCAUGGCGCGUCAGCCAACCUAAGCACAGUCGGUCCUGCAGUCACUGAGGGUCUACUCCCUCUCCAUGUCGCAGUUGAGAACACUUGCCUGCAUAAGUAUCUGGAGGACGGUCUAUUUCAUCACCAAAUGCAUCAGGAUUGCAGUGUGGCGGAUAUGAAGUAUGUCUACAAGCUCGUCCAUCUUCUGUGCCUGCCUGAACUUAAGAUCUUCUUGGAUACAGUCAGGCUUCUUGCAAAACACACAGAUAAUUUACUUGAUCAGCUCUGGAUCUACAUAAAAGAUGGAAAGCUUAUCCAGACAGCUGUUCUGCUGCUGGCAGCGCAAGAGCAGAUCCGCACUGGAACUUCCCACAAAGGCAGUAAGGUCAAUAGUAAGCUGGACGGGUUUGCUAUUAUCACUGGUGAUAUUGUGCACAAGAAUACUUUACAAUCCGAGGCAUGUGAGAACAUAAUGGAUUCAAACCAACCGAGCAAGAUAAAUGCCAAUAAUGCGACAUUAUUGUCGCUUAUUGAUCUAAUUUCCCGAGCUGGCGCAGCUCUUGAUUCAUACAUUAGGGCACACCCAAAGGUGCCAUAUGUGAUGCAUGUAUCCCACUCGGAAGUCCUUGAACGUGUUUCAUUGAUUCUGAAGGAGCAUGGUUUUUGUCGUACUGGAGCACGUAUAGACAUCGGAAAUCUCUGCCCGUAUGAAAACGUGUUGUCCAUUGAAGAUCGGCGCGCCAAGUCAGCUGCAGAAGUUGUUUAUCAUGCUGCAAAGGAAGAGGGCAAAAUAAAGAAAAUCAGCAGAGGAUGGGAGCUCAAAUAUGCAAGGAGAAGUUUCUUUCCAUACUGGAGAUCAGUGUUGGAACCCCAGUCUUGCGUGAAGAUGAAAUUGGUAAAACCCAUGCUCACUGUUGAACAUAUCAAUCAUGAUAAACGUUUGGGUAAAUCAACGCACAUAGGAUCUGCUUUUGGUGGACUGAUGGGCAGAGUUCAGCCAGUAGCUAAUCAUCAACCAAGAAGGCUCUUUUGUACAGCGUCUUUAACACUCUUGAAAGUGUUAAGGAAUGCAUGAGUAUAAAUUAGGUGCUGCUACUGCAACAAAACUAACGGAUCCGCCCGUGCAAUCCAAGGCCAGUCGCGAGCUGGGCCCGGCUAUAUCUGAUGGGCCAUACAUGCAUCGUGCGGCCGAUUCUGGGGUGAGUCUGGCUUUUCGUUUGGUGAGGUCAUGACACUUACAUCCGUUCCGUCCUGCGGCGGGCGAAAUAAACAACUUCUGGCCUGCGGAUUGAGGACUUAUUGAGAACCACUCGAUGGUGAAGUGAAACGAACUUCUAGCUAGUGGAGUAAAAUGAUCAUGUUUCAUAAUCUGCCUAUGGUAGUGAUAUUUUUAGAGGAAAAUUGUAACUCGGCGGCGCCGGGGCACCAUCAUUUUUUUCACGUACUCAUCCGCUGGCCAAGUCCUACCUGGUGUUUUGUACGGAUUGAUAUGCAAGGAGCCAAGGAGCAGUUCGCUCGAACGAAAAAGCUGGACAAUACAUUCAUCAAACUUUGCUAUUGCUAGGCUGGAGAGGAAUAUUAUGGAGGUGCACUGCACAAUUGCAGGUAGGGUGUUUUCUAGUUCAGGCCUGCUCUGUUGAGGUGAUAGGCCUGACGAACUUGGCACACCCUUCAAGGCGUUCUUGUUGAUAUAAUAGAAGUAUACACAGUUUUUGUGUAAUAUAUAGUAGCUAGAUUGUCUUUUGGUCUA